AACCUCACAAAUUCUGUUCCAAAUUCCAAAUAUAAUUUAGUUUGAAAUAAACGGAAUGUUAUAUAUAGGAGCACUAUGUUUGAUAGAAUACUAAGUGUUAAUUACAACAGUUCAAAAGAUUGUUUUAUUUAUUUACCUUCUAAAUAUUUAAAAACUGGAAGUUGUGUCCAACUUACUUAUGGAGACAAUAAAAUUGCAUAUUUCUCUGUAUCUGCCUCAACAGUGAAGGUAGUAAAUGAAUGUAUUAGUCUCAGUUCAGUUUGCGCAAAGAUAUUGGAAAUAGAAGAAAAUGAACUCGUUCGGGUGUCACAAAUUCUGAAUUUGCCAACUGUAAAUAGAAUAACAAUUGCACCAGUAAAUAGUAAUGAGUACGAGAUAUUGGAAUUACUUGCUGAAAAUGUGCAAUCGACAUUAUUAGAUCAAAUAAGGGUGGUUAAUACUGGUCAGAAGUUUGUAAUAUGGGCAGGAAGCAAUAUUAGUAUUGCAGUUUGUGUUGAAAAUGUUGAACCACAGUCACCAGGAAUUAUCGAUUUUCUAACAGAGGUAGUCAUAGAACCAAAAAGUAAAGAUAAUUAUGAAUCAAAUUUAUUAGGAAAUGCUAAUGUUGAAAGAAAUGAUAAUUCGGUUUUUGAUAUAGACAAAUUGAAGUUGCUAAUGUCUUAUUAUUCCCAACAUGAAAGUCAAAAUAAUCUGCAAAAGUUUAGUAAUUUAAAGCAUAAUUUGGUAUGUAGGUUGGUACCUAUUAAUAAAUUACCAUUUUCAGACAAAAUUAAGAGUUAUUGUCAAUAUUUCAAUGUUUUCGUCUCACAAGAAUCUUUGCCAAAAUCAUGGCUCAACAAUGGCUCUAUUAUUAUUUGUUCUAUGAAAAUAUUAACAUUAGAUCUAUUAUCUGAAAAAGUAAUAUAUGUAAGGCUGUUUAUACUUGAAGAUUUACUUGGCAAAUCUUGUUCAAAUUUAGUUGGUAAUAUAUUUGUAAAUGAUAUUAUUUUUGAACAAUUCAAUUGUCAUUUGGGGUGUAGGGUCGUUUUAAAUUAUAUAGAAGAAAUACCUGUGGUAAAUGAAAUUAGUAUAUACACUAAGAAAAUCUAUUUAUUGGUCAUCGAAGAAAAAUUUAAAUCAUACCUGAUAGAAAACUGUGAUGGCAUUAUGGUGCUAAAUCCUGAUAUAUUAUUGAAUAUAGGGGAUUACGUAAAGUGCAAUUUAAAGUUUUCUCCAGCUGAAGCGAAGUUCUUUGUUGCAAACAAAGACUCUGUGAAGAGUUGUAAAUUUGUUGUAAACGAAGGAACUGUUUUACCGAGGGAAAAUGUAAAAAAUUUGUCAAAUUGUACUACAUUCUUAGAAAACAUAUCAAAUUAUCAGUACGUUGUUGAUAAAAUUAUAACUGCAUAUUCUAGUCAAGAACAUAAUUGGGAGAAUGUUUUGAUAACAGGUAGGGCAGGUACAGGGAAAUCAACUAUAUUAAAAAUACUGGCCUAUAAGUUGAAUUCAAGUCCUAAUUUUAUUUUUACAAAAACUAUACAGUGUAAAACAAUCAAAGGAAAAACUGUCGACUCAAUGUUUAAAGUGUUUUCUUUAGCUUUUUCUGAGUUGGCCCUGUAUCAACCAUCUGUGUUGCUGCUUGAUGAUUUGCAUUUGUUAUGUGAAAGCAUAAAGGGAGAUGAUGUUGCUCCUAAUGCAAUUUAUUCUAACAGAGUUAGCGAAAUGAUUCAUACAUGCUUAAAAAUGUUUCCUCGGUGCAAUAAAAUUGGUAUAUGUGUUACGGUAGAGUCUACAGCAAAAUUGAACAAGAAUCUAUAUUCAUCAAGAGGGAGCCACUUGUUCAAGAAUUUACAUUCAAUAAGCGAUCUAACUAAAGCAGAUAGAAUAGAUUUUUUAAAACACUUUUUUGAAAAGUAUAAAUUAUUAGAUGUCAACUUUGAUUAUAUAUCAAUUAAAACAGAAGGGUUUGUAAUUCAAGAUAUUAUUGAUUUUUGUAAUAAAUCAAUUUUUGAGGCAUACAAAGAUGAUUGUGACGAAGAAAAUCUUGUGUUAAACAACAACCAUUUUGAAAGAGCAUUAAAAAAUGCUUGUGUUUUAUCCUUGCAAAACGUUCAUUUGCAUUCACCUGGGUCUAAAAGUUUUACAGACAUUGGAGGCUUGCAUGAUGUGAAGAAAAUUCUUGUUGAAAGUUUGAUGUGGCCAGCUCAGUAUCCGGGCAUAUUCGCAAAAGCGCCCUUGCGCCUUCAAUCUGGUUUGUUGCUGUACGGUCCCCCGGGCACGGGGAAGACCCUGUUGGCCGGGGCAGCUGCCAAGCAUUGCGGACUUAGGCUAAUAUCGAUAAAAGGACCAGAGCUACUGUCCAAGUACAUAGGAGCCAGCGAGCAGGCCGUCCGAGACGUUUUCCAAAAAGCACAAAGCGCCCGACCCUGCAUAUUGUUCUUCGACGAGUUUGACAGUUUGGCACCCAGACGAGGUCAUGACAAUACAGGAGUGACAGACAGAGUUGUUAACCAGUUACUCACUCAGUUAGAUGGUAUUGAGUCACUGUCAGGGGUCUGCGUCUUAGCAGCUACUUCAAGACCGGAUCUUCUGGACCCGGCAUUGCUCAGACCCGGCCGACUAGAUAGGCAGAUACUGUGUCCUCUACCAUCCAAGGACGACAGAUUGGAAAUUUUAACAAUCCUUUCCAAAAACUUGGAUUUAUCUGAAGAUGUAAAUUUGGAAGCCGUUGCGUCAGCCACCAAAGGCUACUCUGGAGCUGAUCUUCAGUCUAUUUUGUACACGGCUCAGCUGUCUACAAUCGAUCACCUUUUAGAUAGUUCCAAGGAGUCCUUAGCUAUUACAAAGUCGCAAGUAACUCAGAAACAUUUGAAAGAGGCAAUAAGUAAAACAAGACCGUCUCUGCCUGAACAAGAGAGGCUGAAAUAUGAAAGAAUAUAUUCCAAAUUUGAAAGAGGCAAUACCAUUGACGAAUUUAGGGCAGGAAGUAAGGCUACUUUGGCUUAAAAGGCUUAAAAGUUUUUAAUUAUUUUUUGUUGUUUUGGGUAUGUUAUACAUAA